ACGAUGUCCAACUUUAGACAUCCAAUAAAAUUUUUUAAAAAAAUAGUGGUAUCAAUAAGUCUUUAAACGGAGUAUGUUCGGAAUUUCUAAAAAAACAUGUUUAUCGUGUUACCAAUGGAUGCAAACAGGCGUCCUGAGCAAGAAACUUUCCCUGCAAGUAAGUUUGACAUAAAUUUUCAUCCGCUUCCAAAAAAAAACCCAUUGGUAGAAUACGUCCAGAAGAUUUACGUCGGUGUUCUUCUCGAGGCUAUCAUCAUCUUCCAGCGAAACUAAUGAUUUUGCCCGGCAGCUUUUCCUUCAAGUUGGAGGUAACUCCGCGGCGGCUUCCGGCGGGCCUCAUCUAUAUCAAACGCGAGAAAGAGAGGCUGAAUUUUUGGCUAAAAAGCAGAGGACCUAUACCCUUUUGGAGGCUGAUGAAUCUGGAUCCGGUGGUAAGAGAUUCUGGAAGAGGAUUAAGUCUGAGGAAGACGAGGAGGAUGAAGAGGAGGAGAAAUCGGCGAGGAGAAGGAAGAAGGGGGAAGAUGAAUCAAUUCGGAGAUCAAAGGCUUCUGAGAUUGAGAAUUUGAGGAGAUUAUCAAGGCAGGCAUAUUUCAAGAGAAGAGAGGCAAAGAAGCUACAGGAACUCAAAGAUGAAAUUGAAGAUGAUGAGUGCCUCUUGUCCAUGGGUGUUAAGCUUUCUGAAGCUGAAAAGCUGGAUCUAAAGUACAAGAAAGAAUUAUAUGAACUGAUCAUGAAGAACCGGACUCGAGAGACUGAUGAAACAGGGGAGUUUUAUAGGAUGCCUGAAGCCUAUGAUCUGGAAGGCCGUGUGGAUCAAGACAAGAGGUUUGCUGCUCCUUCGAACCGCUACUGUGAUGCCAAUGCUUCGGAUAAAAUGAAUCCAUUUGCUGUGAAUGAAGCUUGGGAGAAGCAUCAGAGUGAAAAGGCAACUUUGAAAUUCGGAUCAAAAGACAGAAAGCAAAGCUCUGAUGAAUAUCAGUUUGUGUUUGAAGAAGACCCAAUCAAGUUCAUUAAGGCUACAGAAGUUGAACAAGGAUUAUUAUCAUCCAUUUCGGAAGUUAACACAACAUCUGAAAGACUUGCAGAUGACAGGAAGAGUUUACCUAUUUAUCAAUACAAAGAAAAGCUGCUUGAAGUUGUGAAAGAUAAUCAGGUUCUAAUUAUUGUUGGAGAGACAGGUUCUGGCAAGACCACUCAGAUUCCUCAAUAUCUCCUCGAAGCACGUUACACGAGGCGGGGAAAGAUUGCGUGUACCCAACCUCGCCGAGUUGCUGCCAUGAGUAUUGCUGCUCGGGUGGCUCGGCAGAUGGGAGUCAAGCUCGGACACGAGGUUGGUUAUUCAAUCCGUUUUGAGGACCGCACUUCAGACAGGACGGUUCUGAAAUACAUGACUGACGGAAUGUUGCUGCGCGAAUUGCAGAGUGAACCUGAUCUUGCGAGUUACAGCGUGGUGAUGGUGGACGAGGCUCAUGAGAGAUCAGUAUCAACUGAUAUUCUGUUCGGCUUGGUUAAGGAUAUUGCAAUGGCUCGUCCUGAUCUCAAGUUGUUGAUUUCCAGCGCGACUUCGGACACUGAGAAAUUCAGUGAAUAUUUUGAUUCUGCAAAUAUCUUUACCAUCCCAGGAAGGCGUUAUCAUGUUGACAUUCAUUACACUGAAACACAGGUGGCUGAUUACUUGGCUGCAGCUGUCGAUACGGCCCUUCAAAUUCACGUAAAACUGCAACCCGGAGAUGGUGAUAUAUUGGUUUUUUUACCUGGGCAGGAUGAUAUUGAGAAUGCCGAGGAGAUGUUGAGGCUUAAAACACGAGGCUUGGGGACGAAAAUACCCGAGCUGAUAAUCUGCCCGAUCUAUGCUAACUUACCAACAGAGUUGCAGGCCAAGAUAUUUAUUCCAACUCCUCAAGGGGCGCGCAAAGUUGUCCUCGCCACAAACAUUGCAGAAACUUCUUUGACGAUUAAUGGAAUAAAAUACAUAAUUGAUCCUGGAUACUGCAAAACAAAGACAUAUCAACCUCGGACAGGAAUGGAGACUCUGAAGGUUACUCCUGUUUCUAAAGCAUCUGCAACUCAACGAGCAGGUCGAUCAGGGCGAACAGGUCCCGGGGAGUGUUACCGGUUGUAUACCAGAGAUAUUUAUAAUUCAAUGGAUGAAAAUGUUGAACCAGAGAUAAAGAGGACGAACCUAGCGAAUGUCGUACUCACACUGAAGAGCCUUGGGAUAGAGGACAUAAAAAACUUCGAUUUUAUGGAUCCACCACCAGGGGAAACCUUAACAAAAGCCCUGGAGCUGCUGAUUGCUCUAGGGGCACUUGAUGAACCAGGAAAGUUGACCAAGGUUGGCAGAAGAAUGGCAGAGUUCCCUCUUGAUCCCAUGCUGUCAAAGAUGAUUGUUGCAUCUGACGAGUACAAAUGCUCAUCCGAGUUGAUUUCUAUUGCUGCCAUUCUAUCCCUUGGAAACUCGGUAUUUUAUCGUCCCAAGGAUAAACGAAAAGAUGCAGCGACUGCUCGCGAGAGGUUUUAUAUGGGGAAUGUCGGAGACCAUAUUGCGCUACUAAACGUGUACAACUCGUGGAAGGAAACCGACUUUUCUACACAGUGGUGUUAUGAGAAUUACAUCCAAGUGAGGAGCAUGAAACAAGCAAGAAAGGUAAGAGAACAGUUGGAGGGGCUGUUGAAAAUGGCUGAAAUUGAAGUGACGUCAAACGCGAAUGACUUGGAUAUAAGGAUGGCCAUAGUAUCAGGUUGUUUCCGGCACACGGCUAGGUUGCAGAAAGGAGGAUCAUAUCAAACUGUCGAAUCUUGCCGAACUGUUUAUAUCCAUCCGAGUUCAGUUUUAGCUCAGGCGCCACCGAGAUGGGUUGUGUACCAUGAACUGGUGGAGACUUCCAGGGAAUACAUGCGGCAGGUAACCGAGUUGAAACCCGAAUGGCUGGAAAAAGUAGCUCCUCACUAUUAUAAGCUGGAAGAUACUGAAGAUUGUAGUUCAAAGAAGAUGCCUCGGGCAGUAGGUCGUGCUUGUCUCAAUUGA